UUUUUGUUCCCAGAUCUCCUCCUCGGUGCGCUGUCCACUUCAGCACCACAAGCAGAGCAGAGGAGGGGACUGAAGACACGGCUCAACAUCAGCACCAGCACCCACCCGAAGUCCCACAGACCGAAAAACACCCACCCAAAUCCGCCCCGAUCACUGCCAGCGACGAGCCAAAGGACUGCGGGAAAGAGUUCAGUAACCAUGUACGAUGCGGCGAGGGUGCCAUCUCCUAAAGAUGGUGCAAACGGGGUGGCCCAGUCCGUGGUCCCAGGGCCUGGAGCUGGACCAGUGGCGGGUUCUGGGGAUCUGACACCCACUGCGGCCCUCCAAACUAAAACUGAGGAGGGACAGCCAGGAGCCGAAGAGGAGGAGGAGGAGGAAGAGGAGGAGGAGGAGGAUGAGGAAGAGGAGGAGGAGCCCAAAGCAGAGACGAUUCUGGUGAAGAAGCCUCAUAGGGAGAUUCUGGACCACGAGAGGAAGAGGAGGGUGGAGCUCAAAUGUAUGGAGCUGCAGGAGAUGAUGGAGGAGCAGGGGUACACAGAAGAAGAGAUUCGACAGAAAGUGAGCACCUUCAGACAGAUGUUGAUGGACAAAGAGGGCGUGAUCACCAGAGAGGGCUCACACACACAACCAGGGGUGAACCACCUGCACUAUCAGCCUCACGAGUAUGAAGAGGACCCUGAAAUGGUCGGCUAUGGAGGCGGAGACUAUGAGCAAGAUUACCACAGUGACAACAGAGUAAAGAGGAAAUCAAGCAGCUCUCCAUCCCCUCGUCCCAAGAAGAGGAAGAAGAAGAAAUCUGGCCGCAGAAGGAGUCGGUUUGGCAGCUCGUCACCCAAUCACAGAGAGAAGAAGAAAAAGAGUGAGAAACACAAGAGAGACAGAUCUGCAUCUGGCUCCAGGAAAAAGAGGAGAUACAGAUCGGGCAGCCCAAAGAACAAACACAAAGACAAGAACAAACCGAAGAAGAGGUCCCCCGGUGAGACCCCGAGUAGGAGUUCGCAGCGUCAAGGAAGCUGCUGCAGUUCCCGUAGCGCCUCCCUGUCCUCCACCCGCAGCACUUCUAAAUCUCCCACCAGACUGAACUCCAAGCACAAGACAGAUGGACAAAAAGCAUCGGGCACCUCGCUAUCCCCGGGCUCCAAAGCUCCCGCUGCCUGGCACAACGGAGACCAUACCCAGCGGAGCCGCAAUGGAAAGGCCGGCAGACUCAACCACAGCGAGGGCGAGAAAGGGCACGAUAAGCUCCGUCUGCUGACUGCUAGCUCUGCAGGCCUCCAGUCCACGUUGCUGAAAGAGCACAAGCUCCACAGCGCCCCCAGCAGGAGCCAAACGGGACAGAUGUGUGCGGCAGGAGAGGCUGGGAGUGUGGACGGAAGGAACUCAGCAGUAAACCAGACGUCAGGGAGGAGAGGGAGUCAAAGGGGCCAGAAUAAGAGCUCCCAUUCCCCCGCUCACAGCAGCGACUCGGCCCACUCCCAGCAUAACCACACCCACAGAGGGAAAACCUCUCGGCACCAGAGGAAGGCAAAAGGUGGCCACUCUUCCAAGCGGCACCACCGCUCUACCCGAGGUCAGGCUCACCACCGGAGCACGUCAGCUUCUCCAGGACGCCACUCGCACACAUCAGGCAGAAAGAAAGAGAAAGAGGAAACUCGAAGCAAACCAAACCUCCGACAGCGCAGCAGCUCGUGGAGCAGCGGACACUCAUCGUCACGCUCUGCCUCCAGAGACAGAGGUCCCAGCAAGGCCAAGUCCCCACACAACAGACAGAACAAUUCCAGAGAGAAGGACAGCGCCAACCGCUCCGACACAGACAGCCGAGCCCGCCGCCGCUCACGCAGCUACUCACCUAUUCGCAAAAGAAGAAGAGAUUCCCCCAGCUUUAUGGAGGCUCGCAGGAUCACCAGUGCUCGGAAGCGGCCGAUCCCGUACUAUCGGCCCAGUCCCUCCUCAUCCAGCUCCGACAGCAGCCCGACACGGUCCAGCCGCAGCCGGAGCCGCAGCUAUAGCAGCUACAGCCGGAGCAGGAGCCACAGCCGGAGCCACAGCAGAAGCAGGAGCCGUAGCAGGAGCUGGAGUCGAAGCCGCAGCCAGAGCCGGAGCUGGAGCCGUAGCAGGAGUCGAUCCCGCAGCCAUCACAGCUACUACAGCCGGAGCAGCUACGAUAGCCCUGGGUUCUGAAAGAAAAGACGGUGCAGAAGAGAAACCAGAUCAAAGCAAGGGGAAGUCCGUUUAAAAAUUAAAAUGACAGUCAAGGGCCCUUUACCCUCUCUCCAACUCUGAGCCUGGAUCAAAGAAUCGUGUUUUGAUAGAGCACAUUUCUGUCAAAUUGGCUGUCACUGUUCAUUAUAUCUUCACGCAUACAAGGUGUUAAAGGAAAUGUCAAAAAUCUGUUUGGUAGAGCACAGAGAACAAAUCUGGCUGUAUGUUAGCACUUUUUUUCUCUUCUUCCACAAAACAACCAAAAAUGAAUCCAUUCAAAAUUAUAUAUACGAUAUAAAUAUAUAAAUAUAUACUACAAAUAGGAGCUGAGUAGAAAGGAAAAAGAGGACACAUCCACAACUUUCUGUACAUUCAAGAGAAUCUGACUUUUUUUCUUCCCUCACCAUGAACUCAUCUCCCCAAAGACUUCCAUUUCAUCGACGCACAGCGAUCAACAAACAUGAGAACAAAAGAGAAGUUCGGACGAUGAAACAGGAAGCAAAAACAUGAAAGAAGAACUUUUUUUUAUGAUGUAUAGGUUUGUCUGUAUAGAUGUAAACUCUCUUUAAGUUCUGGCUUUGUAAACUAUGCACUGUAUAUUCCAUGUAGUUUAAGGAGGCUUGUUUUAGCAUGAUGCAUCAGGAGAGACUUGCUGCUCGAUGAAGAGUCACCUGGCUGACAUGAAAGGUGCCAGGGUGCACUGCGCUCCCCUCUGACAUGCUCAGUAUGUCCCUGCCUGCAGACAGAGGUGAAUGAGAGAGAGGGGGCAAAAAAAAAAAAAACUAUGUAUGAAGUAUUUUUACUCUCUAUCCUGUUUAAGUUAUUAUGUUGAUUCUGCUGAUCCUGACAUCAUGUGUGAGAAUGUGUGUGUGAGUGAGUGUGUGUGUGUGUACCUCCUCUGCAAAAACCACUGAGGUCAUUAUGUUUGUGUGCAGCUCCAUUGCUGGUACUGUACAGGACAACUGUCUGCAAAAAUCCUCCAUGCACACUUUUGCUAUUUAUAAUCCUGCUGUAUUUAUUAGUUUAUUUAUUGGGUUAUUUAUUAUUUAUUCUAUUUAUCAUGUAAAGCAGUUGGAUCGUGCUUUGAAGAAGAGAUUGCUGCAAAUGUAUUCCCACUUGAAAAUGAACCGUACAUGUCCAUGUGUUACAGAUCUGUCUCUUAAUGUGGUGAAGGCUUUAUUUCGCUACCAGGUUAGCAAGCAGGGUGAAUGUGCACCGCUGUGUGAUAGAGAUGCUCUGAUUUCAGCCAGUGGAACUGAGACUUCGCCCACGUUUACUCCCACGACGGCCAUUAUGGCUCUAACUGUAACGUUUCAUUUUAAUGCAAGCUAUUGUGUCCCUGCCUACAUUACGGAGUAAAGAAUGAGCCUCAAACAGAACCAAAACACCCACCUGUGUGGAGAGGAGAGUCGAUUCUGACACUCUGAUACUCUGAUGUUUUUAGCCAACACAUACCCUGUUAUAAUGGGUCAGUGGGUAUGAGGUUACUCUGUGUCUUUAUUGUGAAGAACAUGAUGAAUUUAAAAGCAACAUUUCAUGCAAAACAAAACUUUUUGGAGUAAUUAAAUGCAUGAUUUGUGUUGCAGAAUGUAUUUAUGCAAAUUUAAAAAGGCCUAUCUUGCAAAUCGAAAAGUUCCCAGAAUCUGUAAUUUUUCCAUGAUUCAAAAAGUUUUCAAAUUAUAAAAGAAAAAUUUUGUCAGUAUUAAUUUUUUUGCUUUUGAACCCCAGAAAACUGCUAGAUGUUGAGCUGAAUUUUGAGGGUGGGAAAAAAUGUAAGAAAUGUAAGAAUUGUCCAGCCUCAAUUUGGGGGGCGCAUCAGCAGCACGACUGGCUACAUUGAUCCCAGUUAAAUGGUGCGCCCCAUGUACAGAGGCUUUAGUCCUGGAAGCAAGCAGCCCGGUAAGAGUCCAACCCACAGCCCCUUGCCCACUUUGCCCCACUCUAUCCACUAUCCUGUCUCUGAGUAGAGACACAAAAUCCCCUUAAUAAACUUUUAAUUAAAAUUUUACUCCUAAGGAAAGCCUUAUGACAAUGUUUUGAUUUUCAAUUUUUCUUUUUUAUUACAGUGCUCAACGUUUUUGAUCCUGAACAUGCUCUGUGAUAGGAUAAUAAAGGCACAAUAGUAACCUCAUAGGAAAGUCAAUAAACUGGCGAAACAAUCAGGGAUCACCUGAAGUCUUCCUUUCCAUCCAUCCAGUCUCAUGUCCACUCACAGUGUUUUAUUCCCAGUGUAACCAGACUUAACUAUGAUACUCUGCAAACCUGUUUAUUUAUUCCAAGUAUAGCAUUAUCCCUUUGGUUCUACAAGUCAUUCUUUGUAGUGUACAACUUAUUAUACCUGACAAUAAACAGAAACAAAUGGGAAAGUUA